CCUCCUUUCCCCCCCCGCAGCGAUCGAGACGCAGAGCACCAGCUCGGAGGAGAUCGUGCCGAGCCCGCCGUCGCCUCCCCCGCCGCCCCGCGUCUACAAGCCCUGCUUCGUGUGCCAGGACAAGUCCUCGGGGUACCACUACGGCGUCAGCGCCUGCGAGGGCUGCAAGGGCUUCUUCCGGAGAAGCAUCCAGAAGAACAUGGUGUACACCUGCCACCGGGAGAAGAACUGCAUCAUCAACAAAGUCACCCGCAACCGCUGCCAGUACUGCCGGCUGCAGAAGUGCCUGGAGGUCGGGAUGUCCAAGGAGUCAGUAAGGAACGACCGGAAUAAGAAGAAAAAGGAUGAGAAGAAGCAGGAGUGCACGGAGAGCUACGUGCUGAGUCCCGAGACAGAGCGGAUGAUCGACAGGGUGCGCAAGGCCCACCAGGAGACGUUCCCCUCCCUCUGCCAGCUGGGCAAAUACACUACGACUAACAGCUCAGAACGACGCGUGUCCUUGGACCACGACCUGUGGGACAAGUUCAGCGAGCUCUCCACCAAGUGCAUCAUCAAGACGGUGGAGUUUGCCAAGCAGCUGCCGGGUUUCACCACGCUCACCAUCGCCGACCAGAUCACGCUGCUCAAGUCGGCGUGCCUGGACAUCCUGAUACUCCGGAUCUGCACGCGCUACACGCCAGAGCAGGACACCAUGACCUUCUCGGACGGACUCACGCUCAACCGAACCCAGAUGCACAACGCCGGCUUCGGCCCCCUCACCGACCUGGUGUUCGCCUUCGCCAACCAGCUCCUCCCUCUGGAGAUGGACGACGCGGAGACGGGGCUGCUCAGCGCCAUCUGUUUGCUGUGUGGAGAUCGUCAGGACUUGGAGCAGGCGGAGAAGGUGGACGUCCUGCAGGAGCCCCUCCUGGAGGCGUUGAAGAUCUACGUCAGGAGGAGGAGGCCCCACAAACCGCACAUGUUUCCCAAGAUGCUGAUGAAGAUCACGGAUCUGAGAAGCAUCAGCGCUAAAGGAGCUGAGCGUGUCAUCACGCUGAAGAUGGAGAUCCCCGGCUCCAUGCCCCCUCUCAUCCAGGAGAUGCUGGAGAACUCUGAGGGUCUGGAAAGCGGUGCCGCAGGCGGCCGUCCCAGCGCCCCCCCCCCAGGCAGCUGCAGCCCCAGUCUGUCCCCCAGCUCCGCCCAAAGCAGUCCAGCCACACAAUCGCCGUAGUCGCGGCCCACUUUUUUUGUAUUAUUCCUCACGACGCUGUGGGUUCGCCCCCAACGUUCUCAAG